AUGACUACCGACAUGGAAUUGGAAGAAAGUCAGUCAAAGAUUAUUAAGCGAAAUGACAAACUUGAUGCGCACAAUUUGAACAGAAUACAGAAGCAACUGGAGGAGUCUAACGUGAUUCAUGAUGUCUUCAGCGAUGAGAAAAUACAUAUCAAAAGUCCUUCUCCUAACAAAAAUGUAGUUUUGGUAGAAUCUAAGGAAAAUAUAGACUUAGACGGAUAUAAAUUGAAUGAAAGUAAACAAUUUAUUAGAAAUAACAGUGUAUUACACGAGAGCAAUUUUGAGAACAUUUCUGUAAAUCAGAUAACAACAGGUUCUACACAAAGUAGUAGGAUGUCCACUAAUUCUAAACAAUCGGAUGAAUUUGGCAAAUGUAAAGAGGAAUCAGAUUUUGCAUUAAACACAUGUAUUGCAGAUGAUUUUAAUGAUUGCUUUGAAGAAGAAUGGUCCUUGGUUAAUCAAAUAAACUUUGAUUCUUUGCAGAGGUGUAAGGUUACUAGUGUAAAAAGAGAAUGUAAUAGUAUAUUGUUAUCUGUGAAGCAAGAAGAUUCUGCAUCCAGUGGAACUGUUAUAUGUUCAGGUUUUUGGAAAGAUGCAAAAGUUGAAAAGGAUGAUAUUGUUGCCAUACAAGCAAGGAAAGACAAUCAAUCUUGGGUUGUGGAUAAUACUAGUGGUUUCAUUGUUGUUCAUGCAGAUCUGUUAAUAUCUGGAACAACAAUAGUUGGUGCUUUAUUUUGUAGUAGAAAAGCAGUAUUAGCAGAGAAGUUUAAGAAAAUAGAAACACUGCCGUAUUAUAGAGGUGAUGCAACAGCUAUGGUAAUUGGAAGCUUAGCUCAUCAAUUGCUACAAAAGGCAAUACGCACAAAUAUUCAUGACAUGUCAGAUAUUAUUAAAUUGAUGGACAGCAUAUUGCAGUCCAAGGAAACAAUACGUACACUUUAUGCAUCAGAAAUUGCAUUUGAUGCAUGCCGGAAGGAGAUGCUCGUAUUUGUACCACGAAUAUUUGAAUUCAUUCAACAUUAUCUAAAAGAUAAAAAACAGCAGGAUAUAAAUAAUAGAAAAGACAAUUUCAAAGGAAACAUCACUUACGUUCACGAUAUAGAAGAAAAUAUUUGGCUUCCCAAGUUAGGUGUGAAAGGCAAAGUAGAUGUCACGGUGGAAGUUAAUCUAAAUUCGAGAAGAAAAAUAAUGCCCCUUGAAAUAAAGACAGGGAGACCUUCGUUCUCGUUAGAACAUAAAGGUCAAAUUAUUUUGUAUAUUAUGAUGAUGGCUCUUACGGGUCAAGACACAGAUACAGGACUGCUACUGUAUCUUAGAGAAAAUAAUAUGCAAGAAAUUCGAAGUGGACACCCUGAAAGAAGGGACUUGAUACUGUUAAGGAAUACUUUGGCUAAUUAUUUUGCUCCUAAACCAAUCGAGAAGACAUCAGAUUUGAUCUCCGAAUUGAAUGGGAAAACGCUGGAGUUACCCGAGCCAAUCAACCAUCAUAGCGCAUGUUCUAAAUGCUCGUACAAUGCGUUAUGUUGUGCAUACCUAAGUAGAGAUACUAAAAUUCAGUUACCUGAAUCGCAUCCAUUAACAAUGCUUGGAAAACAAAUCUUAGAAAAAUUGAAGCCUGCUCAUAUCGAUUAUGUCAUGAAAUGGGUUACGUUAUUGCAAAUGGAGGAGUCCACUCAAUCCUCUGAUAACACAUUGAGAUAUUUGUGGACGUUAAGUCCAGAAAAGAGGGAAGCGAAGAAAAUGUGCGUUUGUAAUUUAAAAGUAAUAGGAAAGGUCAUCGAAUGCGAUUCUAAGUAUCAACACACAUUCGUUCGCGCGAAUUUCAAUGAAACAUUCUCGAACGUUUCUAUUUCACAGACAGAAUUUACAGAAAAUGAAUACGUCCUGGUGAGCACAGAUACGAAUAUAAACUUGUCAGCAGGUUUUAUCGUGCAUCUAAAAGAAGACUCUAUAAUUGUUUUAUUAGACAGAAACAUCACCAAGUACGGUAUCAAUGAGUCCUUUCACAUAGAUAAAUAUUCUUCCUUCGGAACUCUGUUUGCUUCUAAUCUUGCCAGCGUUGGUGGAUUAAUAGGUGACGAUGAAAUCUGUGAGAGAUUGCGGGACAUUGUGAUAGAUAAGAAACCAGCGACAUUCGUUAAAGGAUUAUCGCGUUCUGUCGUACACAAAAGCGCGUCUAUAGUUCAGGAACUAAAUGAAAGUCAGCAAAGAGUCAUACUGAAAGUAAUGACUGCUAAUGACUAUAUUUUAAUCAAAGGAAUGCCUGGUACAGGAAAAACGCAAACGCUAGUGGCUUUGAUAGAACUGUUACACGUAACGGGACACUCUGUUUUAAUUACAGCCCAUACAAACAGCGCUUUGGAUAAUAUCUUGUUGAAACUACUGGACAAAGGCAUUGACUUUUUACGAUUGGGCUCAUCGUCUAUUUCUCCAUUGUUGAAACAUAAAAGUGAUGCGUACUCGUCUGUAAAUUUCAAUUCUCCUGAGAGCUUGGACGCUAUGUAUUCCAGCAAAAAUAUUGUAGGAGUGACUUGUUAUGGUGCUCAUCAUGCACUUCUUGGCCGACGAACAUUCGAUGUUUGUAUUGUGGAUGAAAGCGCCCAAGCAUUGCAGCCAGUCGUAUUAAGACCAUUGUACAGUGCACGUAAAUUUGUUCUUGCAGGAGAUCCCGAUCAACUUCCACCUAUCGUUAAAAGUAAAGCUGCCAGGAAACUGGGUGCAGACGAAUCCUUAUUCGCUCGAUUAGACAGUGAAAAUAAUACCGUAAUAUUACCAAAACAGUACAGAAUGAAUAAAAGCAUUAUGCGUCUAGCAAACAAAUUAACGUACAAUGAUAAAUUAGAAGUAGGAAAUACAUUAAUCGAAAAUGCCACACUGGAUAUCGCAGAUAGUAGGGAUCUAUUGAAAUGUGGAAGGUGGAUACAAAAGGUACUAUCGCAGGAUAUAGAUGACUCCAUAAUUAUUUUGAAUACGGGUUGUACGAAUGAUUUAAAAGCGAGUAUUGAGAUUAGUAAGAAGUAUCCCAAAAGCGAUCAAAUAUAUUCUAAUGUAUGGGAAGCUGCCGUAAUCCUCAAGCUGUCACAGACUGUAGUAGAGAUGGGUAUAAAACCCCAGAGUAUAGGAAUCAUUGCUCCGUACAGAGCACACGUGAAUCUGUUGAAAGGAAUCAUCCAUAAAGAUAUUGAGGUGAACACUGUUGACCAAUAUCAAGGCCGUGAUAAAGAUAUUAUAAUUUAUUCCUGCGCGAAAAGUUUAAUUAAUAACAGUGACAUAAAAGAGGACCUUGAAAUAUUGGGGGACCAUAAAAGAUUAACUGUAGCUAUAACGAGGGCGAAACAUAAAUUGAUCGUCAUUGCGGAUAAAUAUACUUUAUCGCAUUACUCUCCGUUCAAGAAACUGUUCGUCUUGGUCGAAGAAAAAAAUAUAAUAAAUUUACACGAUGAACACGAUGAUUUUUCAUGGGAAACCGUGAUGUCUUUGUUAUAGAUAGUCAUACAU